UCGGUGGUAGACGCUCAUCGCUGUGGGGACUGGUCUGUCGUGGAGGAGCUGGAUGGAGUGCGGGAGGCGGCGGGCGCUUCCGUGUGAGGGUGGCUUAGGUGGGAGAGAGCCGGUGGCGUCCUGGGAAAGUAGCCCGCACCCUUGGGUCCUUCCCCACCUCUUGUGGGCGGCGCGGCGGUGCUACUGCUGCCGCCUCUCCGGGCAGGCGGUGAAGGCCGCCCUGUUCCAGCGGCCGUAGUUAUCAAGUGCGGCCUCUGCUUUGUCAGGAUCUCAUUCAGCAUCUCCAUGUUUUCCCAUCCGUCUGAUCUGAGAAAAAGUUGGGGUUGUGUGUUUCCAAUAAGCUUUUGUUUGUGAUUCUGAAAAGGGCAGGUGUGUAUCCUUCAAGAAAUAGAGGUACAGACUAAAUGGAUCUAAAGACAGCAGUGUUCAAUGCAGCUCGUGAUGGCAAGCUGCGUCUCCUUUCCAAGUUACUGGCAAGCAAAACCAGAGAAGAGGUGGCCUUACUAAUGUCAGAAAAAACCAAUGGUGCCACACCACUUUUGAUAGCAGCUCGUUAUGGGCACGUUGACAUGGUGGAAUACUUGUUGGAUUAUUGCUCUGCUUCUAUAGAGAUUGGUGGUUCGGUUAAUUUUGAUGGUGAGAUCAUUGAGGGAGCUCCACCAUUAUGGGCAGCAUCAGCUGCUGGACACUUGAAGGUGGUUCAGUGUCUGUUGGAUCAUGGUGCAUCUGUCAACAACACAACUCUAACAAAUUCAACUCCGCUUAGAGCAGCCUGUUUUGAUGGUCACUUGGAAAUAGUAAAAUACCUUGUGGAGCACAAAGCAGACUUGGAAGUAUCAAACCGUCAUGGGCAUACAUGCUUGAUGAUCUCAUGUUACAAAGGUCACAAAGAAAUUGCUCAGUAUUUACUUGAAAGAGGAGCUGAUGUUAACAGAAAAAGUGUUAAAGGAAACACUGCAUUACAUGACUGUGCAGAAUCUGGAAGUUUAGAGAUCAUGAAGAUGCUUCUCAGGUAUUGUGCUAAGAUGGAAAAGGAUGGCUUUGGAAUGACUCCUCUUUUGUCAGCCAGUGUGACAGGCCACACAAAUAUUGUGGACUUCCUGACCCAACAUGAGCAGACUAGUAAGAUAGAAUGUAUAAAUGCUCUGGAACUUCUAGGAGCAACAUUUGUGGACAAAAAGAGAGAUCUGUUUGGUGCUUUGAAAUGUUGGAAGCGAGCUAUGGAAAUGAGAUACAAUGAUAACAUUAGUAUCCUGAAAAAAACUGUGCCACAAGCACUAAUUAUGGCCUAUGAUUAUGCUAAAGAGGUAAACAGCUUUGAAGAGCUAGAAAAUCUUAUUGCAGAUCCUGAUGAAAUGAGAAUGCAAGCACUAUUAAUUAGAGAACGUAUUCUUGGUCCUUCUCACCCAGAUACAUCCUACUAUAUUAGAUACAGAGGUGCUGUCUAUGCAGACUCUGGAAACUUUAAAAGAUGCAUCAACUUAUGGAAAUAUGCUUUGGACAUGCAGCAGAGCAAUCUAGAUGCACUGAGCCCUAUGACAGCCAGCAGUUUACUAUCAUUUGCUGAACUCUUCUCUUUCAUGCUGCAGGACAAGGCAAAAGGCCUGCUAGGCACUACUGUCACAUUUGAUGAUCUAAUGGGUAUACUAUGCAAAAGUGUUCUCGAAAUAGAGCGGGCCAUGAAACAAAUCCAGUGUCCUCCUGAUCCAAUGCAGCUGAACAAAGCACUUUCUAUCAUUUUGCAUUUAAUUUGCUUGUUGGAAAAAGUACCUUGCACCUCAGAACAGGAGCAUUUUAAGAAACAGACUAUAUAUAAGUUUCUUAAGCUUCAGCCUAGAGGGAAGAAUAACUUCAGUCCACUUCACCUUGCUGUUGACAAGAAUACUACAUGUGUGGGUCGCUACCCAGUUUGUAAAUUCCCCUCUCUACAAGUUACUGCUAUCCUGGUGGAAUGUGGUGCUAAUAUAAAUGUCAGAGACUCUGAUAACAACAGUCCUUUACAUAUUGCUGCACUGAACAAUCAUCCAGGCAUCAUGAAUUUUCUCAUCAAGUCAGGUUCACACUUUGAUGCCACAAACUUGCAUAAACAAACUGCUAGCGAUCUACUGGAUGAGAAGAAAAUAUCAAAAAACUUAAUCCAUCCUAUAAAUCAUACUACGUUGCAAUGUCUUGCUGCUCGUGUUAUAGUGAAUCAGAACAUAUGCUAUGCAGGACACAUCCCUGAAAAGCUAGAGAAAUUUGUUUUGCUUCAUAGAUAAUAGUGUGCAUUCAAAGAGUGUUGUUGUUGAAGCAUGACUUGGUGACAAUGUUUUUCUUGUGCACUGUUGUAAUAUAUCAGUAUUCCUUUAGUUUGCUCCAUCUUGCUCUCAUUUUCUAAAGCAAUGUUAGAAUUGCAUCUGCAGAGUUGGUUAACCAAUAUUUGAAUAUGACAUACAUUAUAUUUUGUGGAUUAUUAUAGUGCUAUAUUUAGACUCUUAAAAUUGUCAUACGUUUGUCUAUUCUGGUCUUUUUUUCCUGUCAGGUGUUUAGGACUGAGUUGAAUAUUUUCCACUGAUUUCUUUUCACAACUGGUGUGUGGACUGUAUACAGUUGGAGGGUCAUUUUUGGUUUUGCUUGAGCAUUUCUACUUUUACUCUUCUUUUUCUAUGGACUUGUUAACAUUUGAAACUACCAUAAGUGCUUUUUAUCUUUUCUAUGCACUGAUUUGAAUGUGACUGUUUGUGGUGAACGAUUCUAUGCAGCAGUUGGCCAAUUUCAACUUAAGUGCCCAUUUUGAUUUGCAGUUUUAUUUGGAGCUCUUUUUGAGAAUGCUGCUUUCAUAGCAUUACAAAUUUUGGACCUACAUAUCACCUUUCUGAACUGGGGUUUAACAUUUUUAUUCUAGCUGUAACUGAUGUUGCUUUCCUGUUGAUCAUCUGGAAGUCAGUGCUAAGUUUGGGAGAAAAAAAUAUCUCUUGUUCUCAUGUUAAUCAACUUGAAUUUUUAAUCUGAUAGUUGUUCUCUCACAUCACGCAGUUAGGGAAAGAUUACUUAUCACAUACAACUGACAGCUUCCUUUUUGCACUGUCUUCCUUGUGUUGGUUAUGUGACUAGAUAUAAAGCUUGUUCAAAGUUGAACCAGAAACUUAAUUAUAUAUUUAAUCUAUUUCUCAUUAGAGUGUACGGCAUAGUUUAAAUUUACAAAUCAACUUCUUUAGCUACAAAAGAAACUAAAGCAUAUUGGUGGUGUGAUGCUUAUCACUCCAGAAAUGUAGACAUCACCAGUAUCGUUAUAACAUAGUAAAUGGCUGUAUGGCAGAGUAAUAGAAAUUCUAUAGCAGUGUCUCCUCUUCUUAAUUUUAAAUAUCUUUAUAAAUGCAUGUUUUUUCUAUCUCUUAAUAUGUCAGCUGUACUUAAGAAAAAGCAGUUUGUUGUGUGAAUAUAUAGUUCCUAAUUAAACUUACCUAUUUUUAUAAUAUUUGCAUAAUAGCUUAACUUUUACAACAGAAAGGGCUUUUUUGACUUGAUAAGAAUCUUUAAAAGAAUUUCAUAAAUGAGAGUGAGAUUCAAGUAUUUAAUAUAAUUCAGCACUUUACUGUUGAUCAAUAGUAGAAUUUAUUAUGGCACAUUAGCCCUGCAAAUGUCUAAGUGAAAUCAAUUUGUGUUGAGUAGAAUACAGUUUACCUGCAAAUUUAGUAUUCCAGCAUAUUGCAUACUGUUGACUUGGUGUUUCAUUUCAGUGAUGGGCAGUAAAUAGCUUUCUUGCUCCAGAAACUCAACAAGUUGAUUUAGGCUUUUAUUGGUGAUAGAGGUAUUUAAAAGCCAAAUUAAGUAGAUAAAAAGAAAAAAAUAUUUAGGAGAGUUUUUUAAAAUUUCAUGUUGGAGUAUUUUUCUUUAAUGAUUUAAGUUGAUGAAGAAUGUCUUGAGAGUAUAAAAGAGUAUACAUUAAAAAAAUAGUUCAUCCUCGUUUCUUCGCUGUUUUGGGUUUUCUCUUAGUAUUUCAUGUGGAGCCAACAAGUUUAGCCAUUCUUGGGGAAAAUACUGUAAUACUUUUAAACAAAGAUAUGUUGAAAGUAAUGCUGUUUGUAUAUUGCUACUUUCAAACUCUUUUUUGGAAAGCACUUUCAUGUGUUUGUCCUAUGGUAUACCUAUACUGUAUGAAAUUCUGUGUAUAAGAAAAUCCUAUUUGUUUCUCUUGCUAAUCUGCAGCAGUAAACUUGUAUUAAAUUGGCUGAUUUUUUUCUUCUGAUUUGUAAUGAUUAAAUUACAUUGCACCCAAGUUGUCAACCCAUAAAGAUAUUGAGAACAUUGAGGAAAAAAUUGUAUGCUCUGUGGGGGUGAAAUAGAUAUAAAAAUUGAUUAAUAAUUUGCAGGUAUGUAUUUUUAAAGACAAGGAUAUUGAUACCCCCUUGCUUGUUGAAACAUCUGAAAUUGGAUUUUUUUCUCUUUUAAUAAAUACUCAAAGCAUUCUUCCUGGGCUUCCACUGAAAUACUUCAGCCAGGAAGAUGAAAAUUAUUGUGGUAAAAAAAAAAUAAAUUAAAAAGCUGUUCUUGUCAAAUUCUAAAAUUAUAUUCCUAUUUUUAUAUUACUUAUGUCAGUAACAGGAUUCCAGCUGUCUGUAGUAUCUCUGAGGUUCUGAUUGUUAAGCACAUGGUAGAAAGCACUUUUUAAAAUGCAAGGCAAGUGUGGUUAUUUUUUGCAUGCAUAUACUCUUCAACAGUCCUUGGAUAGGAGGUAUUUUAAUAUAUUACCUAAAUACCAAAAAUUUUUUUUUACCAGUUCUUUUGAAACUGGUUGAAAUUAAACUCUUUUCACUUUUAUAAAACACUAUCUUAUAGAAGGAAUAGAAUGCUAUAGCAAAAUUCUUACUGAGGUAUUAAGCAAGAAUAAAAACCUUAAUAGAAAAGACAUACCUCUUCUCAGUUUUACAUCAACUGCAAGUUAAUAGUGGCAGGACAUGACUACUCUGGAAAUAGCUUCCUUGUGCUUUGAAUUAUAGGGUGGAAUUCCUUUUAUACUCUCAAAUAUUGACAAAUGUGAGUACAAAAGCUUAACACUAAUUUCUGUGUUCUGUGACUACAAUGAAGCGGUAUUUAAUGCUUCAAAGUAACUUUGAGGAAUGUGAUGGAGACGUGCUAGACUUAAAUAUAGUUUAUUUUACAUUGUUCAAUUCUUUUUGCUAUGAGGAUGAAAGUAACUGUUAAACCCUUAGUGAGCAGAAUGAAAAGUUAUUGUUCAUUUGGUUUUAACUAACUCUUUGUGUUCCAUUGCAUCACAGACUUCCUCUGCAGAGAAAUUCCAUGUGAUUGAACUAUUUGAAUUAUAAACUCAAAUAUAUCAAUUCCAUGUAUUGAAAUACUUCAUUUUCUUUUUAAAGUUAGCUUCAAUGAUAAUGUAAAAAAAAGGAAUAACAAAUGUAUUUCUCCACUCUUACUCUUUUAGGCUCUAAACGCAGAUUACAUCAAAAAUAUGCUCUGGAUAACACCUGAGUCCAUAUAUCUGUUUUCUUCAGGGUUACUCUAGUACUGGUUGCUGAACCUAUUUUUCAGUUGAGUAUGAAUAAUUAAACGUGAAUGUUGAAAAUUUAGGCUUUGAUCUUCUUGUUCAUUAUUAUACCUUAAACAUACUAUCAUGUUUAAUUCUCUUACUAUGCUCCAACCAAACCUUUGAAUUCUGGUGAUGGGCAGUAGUAAGGAAAAAGGCUUAAACUAGAGGAUACAAAAGACACUUUCACAGUUGUUCUAGAAAAUGCAUUUGGGCAUGCUAUUAGCUCUGUCAAAACAUAGUUGAGUUUGUUUAUAGCAUAAAUAAGACUAACAAGAUCUUCUAAUAAGCAAUAGACAUUUUUCCAAGAAAGUUGCACAAUUUUAUUUAAUAGCUUUUGAAGUCUCUUACCUAUUGCUUCCAUUAUGUAAGAGAAAAAAAUACUUCCAGGAUGAGAGAAUUAUGUUAAGAUUCUUAUUAGAGAGGUCUUCAAAACUCUUCUGUUCUGUAGAUCAUUAGCAUCAGAAUUUUGAGAUCGUUAUAGUUAUGCACAGUAGUCAUACUUAAAAGGCAGUGUACACUGAUGUCACUAAAGGACAUGAAAUGAUUCACACGAAUGUCUCUCAGUGUUAGAACAGGAAAAAAGCCACUUUAUUCUGACUCCAGUAUUUAUAGAUUCUCGACAAUGACCAGGGAUUGGAUAAUUAAGUUACCACCUUCCCAAGCACACUGGUUAUGCGAAACAUCCAUCAAAAGACGUUUCUUAGAAGGAAUGUGAUAAACAAGUUUAUAGAACUUUCAUGGAAAAGUAACUAAAACUAUGUAAACAUUAUCAGAAGGCUUUAAGUUUCAGGGAGACACACUUCAUUUCUGAGUUUAUUUAGAUUGAUUCUUAAUUGGUGACAAACAGCAUCAAGCUGAGGCACUGGAUGAUGAAAACUGGUCCAGAGCUUUCACAGCAGAAUAAUUGUUACAUAGAUGAUUUAUGGAAUUAAGUACAGAUUCUCUUAAUUAAGAAGUAAAGAAUUGGAAUUACAUCACUAUUCAUCUCUCUGUAGUUGCAGAUGAUGAUAGAUGUUUAGUCUGGAAGUGUCUGAUUGGCUAUCUAAACUAUGCCUAUGUAAAAUCUGUUUUUUUGAAUUUUCCAACUCUCUCUGAUUCUCUUUGUGCAGAAGUGCUUCUCCAGCUGUGAUGACAUAAUCAUAGAAUUGUGUAGGUUGGAAAACACCUUUAAGAUCAUCCAGUCCAACUGUUAAUCUAGCACUGUGAAGUCUAUCACUAAAUCAUGUUCCUAAGUGCCACAUCAACACAUCUUUUGAAUAACUCUAGUGAUGGUGACUCAGCCAUGUCCCUGGGCAGCCUGUUAAAUGCUUGACAACUUUUUCAGUGAAGACAUUUUUUCUAAUAUCCAAUCUAAACCUCCCCUGGCACAAGUUGAGACCAUUUCCUCUUGUCCUACUGUUUGUUACUAGGGAGAAGAGACCAACACCCACCUCACUACAACCUUGUUUAAAGUAGUUGGAGAGAGUGGUAAGGUGUCCCCUCAGCCCUUCCUUUUCUCCAGACUAAAAACCCCCAGCUCUUUCAGCCACUCCUCAUAAGACUUGUGCCCAAAAGUGAACACAAGAUUUGAGGUGUGGCAUCACCAGUGUCAAGUACAGGGAAGGAAUCACUGCCUUGGUCCUGCUGGUCACACUAUUUCUGAUACAAGCCAGGUUGCCACUGGUGUUCUUACCCACCUGGGCACACUGCUAGCUCACAUUGAGAUGGCUGUCGACCAACACCUCUGGGUCCUUUUCGAAUGGGAAGCUUUCCAGACACUCUGGCCCCCAGCCUGUAGCGCUGCAUGGGGUGGUUAUGACCCAAGUGUGGGACCUGGCACUUUGCCUUAUUGAACCUUGUACCCUUCACCUCAGCCCAUUGAUCCAGCCUGUCCAGAUCCCUCUGCAGAGCCUUCAAAAAAUUAUAUUUUUCUCCCUGGCAAGGAAGAAAUUGACUUAAUUUGCCUUCACACCCACAGAACUCAGCUGUUUACUCUGCCUAUCCAAUCUGCCCUUGCAUUGCACUUUGUCUUGAUUUGAGAUAAUUUAAAGGAGAACACUGGAAUGAGUUCCCUCCCUUUAUAGGUUCAACCAAUCCCUUUCCACUAAUAAGGAAGGAAUAGGAGUAGAUAUAAGUUUAAAAAUAACAGUUUACUAUUAAAUGGAACAUCAACAAGCAAAAAAUAACAGUUAAAUAACUGCUAGAUGCAAAAUUGCUAAAUCUUGAGGACUCCUCAGAAGAGACCCAAAAAUGCUAGUGACAGCCCCCCACCUCAAAAUGUCACUCCACAGAUGAGUGUGUGGUUCAAAGGACAAAGGGAAAGGUGGUGUUGGUCUUCUCCCUGCCCCCCCACUGCUCUGCUUAUCUCCCUGACAGCUGGAACUCCAACUGAUAUUCUUAAAAACAAGGGCUGGAACUUGUGGAGGGACUUCACCUUCCUUGUGGCAGGAAAUAACAGGACAGGCUAGGCAAGGCAACUGGGCUGGGGUGACUCAUGGUCUUCUCUUCUUGGCCAGGUGCCAUUGGAGAGUUGGAGCAGUUUGGGCUGGAGCAGGGGGCUGCCCUGCUUGGUGGCAACAGGUAGGCACCUGUGGAAUUCACCCCAGGGCACCUUCUCUGUGACGAGAGAAAAAGAAGAAAAAAAACACGAAAAGAGAACCCAAAAAGCCUUUGCUGAAGCAAA